CCCAAACAAGCAGGAAACAGGAAAUGUUCAGGUUUCAGGGAGGCUGAAGCCCAGCGCAGCAUCAUGCCCGGGCGGCGAGCUGACAGGAAGGCUCCCCGGGCUGCCCUCGCCUUUGCCCUGGUGAUCAUGCUCCUUCCCACCAGCCUGGCUUGGGAAAAAAACAUGACAGUUCUGAAGACAGCAAAUGACCCAUUGGCCAGUCUCUAUUUCUCUGAGGAAACAGAACAUUCAGCAGAAAUGCCCCUGGAAGAGGAAAGCAGAGAUAAAGAUUUUCAUACUCAAACUACAUUUGUUGCCGUGACCAUGGGAGCAUUCAUGGCAAAUUCAAGUUUUGGCGACAUUGACGAGGAUGAAAAUCAGUUGGAGUUUGUAUUAAUGGUGUUGAUCCCACUGGUUUUAUUUGCGCUCCUAUUUUUAUCAGUGAUAAUCCUUAUAGUACGCUAUAAAAGAAAAAGGACCAAACAAGGGCCUUCUAGCCAAGGAUCUCAGAGUGCCGUACAGACAUGUGAACUGGGAAGUGAAAACAACAAAGUCCCCAUUUUUGAGGAAGACACGCCCUCUGUUAUGGAAAUCGAAAUGGAAGAGCUUGACAAGUGGAUGAACAGCAUGAAUAGAAAUGCGGACUGUGAAUGUUUACCUACUUUAAAGGAAGAAAAAGAAUCAAACCACAACCCAAGUGACAAUGAAUCCUGAAGCUGAAUGGUGCUAAUGUUUUCCAAGAGAAGCGGCCCGGGAGGGAGCCCGCCGAGCCUGCCAACAGAGGAUGAAGAGGAUGCGAAUUUAAUUAAUUUCAAAUCAACAUAGACACAAGAACCUUUUGCUGUUUCUUCCAACGCCCACUCUUCCUAAUGAUGGCAUCACCUGUCCUUGGAAGAAUGCACGAUUGAGAAGCACCAGGAAGAGGCUUGGCUGCCGUCCAGGGUGGCCUCUGAGAAAAGGAGGAGCCACGUGGUUUUCACCUCUCAUCAGGGCCACUUCCCUUCUCUGGGCCAACCUUUAUGCUGCCUGUAUUCAUUCUGGCCAGCUCUCUAGGUCUUUGUUAUCUUUCUGCUUCAUUCCUUGGAGUUUAAAUCAGGAAGCUGUUUCAUAUAUGGCUUCCUUCGGGGCCACCUUAUUACCUAAUUAGCUCUGGAUAAUUUCCUCUGAUUAGUCAAGUCCUCUGAUAGGUCAUCUGCAUUCGGCAGGAACUUUCCUCCAGGCGAGUUACAUCAUGGAAAAGACAGAAAACAAAGCGAGUGUUUCACCCUACACGUCAUCCCCAGGGGCUCGGUAAACUCAUCUACCUGCCCAGGAGGUAUACUGAGAGAGUCCACCCGCCCAAGGAGAUGCUGUUUGGUGCCUUGUGGACUCUGAGUUGGCCAGACCCCUUGGGACCUUCUCGGAGGAACAGGAAUCUUCAAUGAGAGAGCAAAGUGAUUUCCUUCUCAGCUAAAAUCACCUGCUUGUUCACAUUUCCCAAAGCUCAUUCUUGCUCUCACCACACCUCCCUUACCCAUGGUAUGUGAAUAGGACAUGUGCACAGGGGGAUCGGCUGUCAACCUUCUAUGUUUCUGAGAUCUUUACAGUCAUUUGAAACAAACAGAAUAGGAAUAGGAAACACCUGCGUGUGUAGCAGAUUUCACUCAGUGCACUUUCCUGUCAAGCUGGGACAAGCCUCGCGUCCUACUCAACGCAGCUCUCCAGGAGGCCACUAUCAGUCCAUCAGAGAGGACAUUCUCUGCCGUAUUUGGUGACACCCUUUACAAGAAGCAAUGGUGCAGAGUGCAGAAGGGCCUGCUUAUCAUUCCCAUUCACGUAAAAUCAAUCCUCAUUUCAUCCUGAAUUUUCUACUCCCAACCUUUAAAGCAAUCUAGUACAUUGGGAGUCCUCAGGUCUUCUACAACGGCUGAUGUUUUAUUCCAGGAAAGAAGUAAAUAAUGAAAACUUUAUUUAUUUUCCUCUUUACAUAUAAACUGAGGGGAGAUGAGAUUCACCAAACAUUUGCUGCUGAAUUUGGGGUCUUGAAAGGCUGCCUUAAUGUGUAACAAAAACUGCCCUUCUCCUCCCUUUUGGAUCCUUCUGGCAUACUCGCCUUCUGAACUGUGCCCACAGUUUUAAAGGCGGAGUUCCAAAGCCAGGGAGAUCUUUCCACACAAUGAAAGAAAACUAUCUGGUUGUGUUUAACCACUGCUAUCCUGCUAUCCUGAGACCUCAUAGAGCUUUGGUAAAAGAGUGUUCAUGGUAUAUAAUUUCAACAGAUUUGUCUGUCAUAGUCUUCUUAGCACAUCCUAAUAUGACAUUUUUGUUUUCACUUCUGUUCUGCACAUUCAUAUUCCACUUGUGGUCCACAAUGACUCCCAGAUAUUUAUGCCAAAAUUGCCAUUUUCUGAAUCAUCUUUUCUGCCUGUUUUGUUACUUUGUUUCUUCUCAACAUUUUGACUCUCAGGAGAGUCUCAGAUUGCUUCUUUCUCUCCCCAGGUAUCCAAGAUUUUUGGUGAAUACUGAGGCUUGUAAAUUUUAUCCAAGACUAUCAAAUAAUGUGACUUUAGAAGUUUAGAGACCUAGGGGCACCUGGGUGGCUCAGUUGGUUAAGCGACUGCCUUUGGCUCAGGUCAUGAUCCUGGAGUCCCUGGAUCGAGUCCCGCAUCGGGCUCCCUGCUCGGCGGGGGGUCUGCUUCGUCCUCUGACCCUAUCCCCUCUCAUGUGUUCUCUCUCUCUCAAAUAAAUAAAUAAAAUCUUUAAAAAAAAAAAAAAGAAGUUUAGAGACCUAGAAGGGGUCUUGGAAUCUUAUUUUGAUGAAACAAUAUUUUAUGAUACGAUAAAAAUAUUCUCACUCGGUAUUUAAAAUCAUGUCAAAUUCCAGAAGAAGCAAGUUUCAGCAGCAUGUCAUUCAAUUUAUGUCUGAAAAAUGUACUAACCUCUAUAAUUGCACAGUAUAGAAAGCAUUUUUUUAAAGGUAGUUUUUUCUGGCAAGAUAUAUGAACCAAAGCAGUGAAGGGUCAAUCCUAGCACCCUAUAUCUUGUAUUACUGUUCAAUCAAUAGGUAUCAUAUAUUUAUGAUAAUUUUAAGACUUGCUUUUAAACUCAAAGUUAAUUUUAUGUUUCAGAUUAUUGUUUGUAAACAUCUAACUAAUUUUCUCUUAAUUGGGUAGCCAAUCAGAACAAAAUCUGACUUUGGAAUAUUUUAAAGAUAUGUAAGUGUCACUGCAUUUUUUGUACAUUUUAAGCAAACCAGGUUAACAAUAUUGUUGAGUCAAACUUCUCAGGAAACUUGUUUUAAUAAAUAUGUAAGAAUAUCAACCUGUUACUCUUAACUCAGUAAUGUGACUCCUCCUUCUGGGGAGCUCACUGGUAUCCAAACACAGGGAUGCAGCAUGGAUCAAACUUCAUAUCCAUGGUGGAGGGUGGGAGGAGGCAAAUGCCUCUAACAAUGUAAAUGGAUGCUUUAAAAAUACUUUUGUCUAUUUUUAAAUUUUGGUUGUUUAAAAUAUCAAUUCGCACCAUCUCUGGAAGGAGGCCCCUAUCAUGAGUAAACAGAAAAUAUAGACUUUAGUUUCAAUUUCUGUCAGAAUUCAUACGAGUUCUGAAUGUACUGGAGUGAUAAGACACAGUUACAUAUUAGGAAGACACUGCUGAAAUUCCCAUUGUGGGGAAAACAUUGAAACUUUAUGCUAAAUUUACCCAUGCUAUGUUUUUACACUCAGAAGAUACUCAGGAUGAAUUCUGGGGUUCCACUUAACAGGUUCAACAGGAAGGCCAGAGUAGCUUCACUCAUAGAUUACAUUUCUUCAAUCUUAAAGUAACCAGGGGAGUCACUAUGUAAUAGUGUGGACUGGAAUUAGUCAAAGUGGUUAUUAAUUAUUAUAAUCCAAACAAUGAAUUGCCUAAAUUUGUUUGUUUGUCUGAGCAGCUCUUUGAUAUUACCUUGGAACUCUCCCAUCUGAUACCAAAAUUUUAUUUUCCUCUUAGUCCUUUUGGGGGUGGCUAUUUGUAGAUACGCAGUGGGUUUUUUGGUUUCUUUUGGGUUUUGCCCUAUUACCUUUUCUAAAAAACAUGUCAUAUUCACAGAAUAGUGAUCCAUACAGUUAUAUAAAAUAAAACUUUUUAAAAUCGAUUCUAUAGAUACUCUAAGCUCUUUUUGAAAUAUUUUAAGAAGUUAAAUUUCUAAACCAAAGUACAUCCAGUAACAUGAAGACUUUAAUUUCAGUGCUGUACAAGUUUAGAAAUACAACACUGAACUGUUUAAGGCAACCAAAGGUGAAUGGAUUCUCUUCAGUUGGACUUCAGGUGUAGAGGGCUCAGGUAAUCAUGUUCCUCACUUCCCAUCACAGUAUCAUCUCUGGCCUUUGGUACUUUAUAAAUAAGUAAUUGGACCUUUUACAAAAAGCAUAUUCUUCACAUUUUUCACUUCUUUGGUCUGCAUGGCAAGAAUUAAAUGAAUGAUACAUAGAAACUACAAAUAGUAAGCAACAUUUUUUUCAGUGUAGAUAUCAGUGGUGAGUAAUCACCAUAUUACUCUGACUUAGGUGAAACCCCUGAAAUUGUAAAUAACAUCAAGAACUUAGGGAAACUCUUUGUGUUUAAUAAAUGUCAGCUUUCAGAAAGAGCGGAUAAUGUGGUUUGCCAACAAGUUAAAAAAUAAUCUGGUAGGUCUUUAGUAAUUUAGCAUGUAUGUAUCUUGUUUUUAAAGUUAAGUGAAAAUAAUGUAAAAAACUACUUUAUUAGAUGCUCUCAUUUUUCAAGCAGUAUGAAGUAUUUCCUCAGAAGGUCAGUAAGAUCAUCAGAUGUUGUAGAAAUUCUACCUUCCAAUGUAGAAAUUCUACCUUGGAAGCCUCAUGUGAGAAAGGGCCCCAUCACUACUGAUUAAGAACUGAUUUGCAGAACUACUCAAGUUGUUUUUUUUGUUUUUCUUUUUGUUCGUUUUCAGAGAGGAAGGGGAGAGGGGAGGGGCGGAGGGAGAGGGAGAGAGAGAAUCCCAAGCAGGCUCCAUGCCCAGCAGGGAGCCCAGCAUGGAGUUUGACCUCACAACCCUGAGAUCACGACCUGAGCUGAAAUCAAAAGUUGGUGGCUCAACCAACUGAGCCAUCCAGGCGCCCCACAACUACUAAAGUUUUAAGACUGAUUAAAGGUUUUAGGGUUUUUUCUCUUGCCUUGUAUGCUGAGAAUCAUAUAUAUAAUAAUAUUUUUCCUUUACAGCUUAUGGCUUUAGAAAUAUCAGAUAUACAUGUGUAUAUGUAUAAAUUGCUCUAUUCUCAGCUGCAUGAUUUUUUAUAAAAAAAAAAUGAGCGAGUCCAUACCAGUUUGUAUGCUAUAUUGUUCAAUCAGCAGUGAUCGACUUAAAAGCAUUUCUAAAUUUAAUUGAAAAAUAAAGCACUGUAAGAUAGGAGUAAAGAAUAUCUUUGACUUUAGUUUCUAUGUAAUUAAUGUAUAUUAACAUUUAAAAUAAAUGUUUAUUUGAAGGUAAGGUAUUUGUUUAUUAAAAAUGUUGUUGUAAAGGGGUGAAUUAAACAUCUUUUAAAGGAAAAUUCUUUUAAUUUAACUUCUGUGACUAUGAAAAAGAAGGAUU